CCGGCCGGCAGCCCUCCGGCCCGCGCCCCCACCCAGCGCCGGCCAGGGCGGGCGCAGCGCCCGCGGGCGGCGGUCCUCGGCCUCCCGGGUCUGCGCUCCGGGGAGCGGCUCCGAGCCGGGGUGUUGCUAAUGAGCUCUCUCCUCCCCUCUUACAAUGAAAGACGAGCCAGCCCCCGGGUACCUGGAUGGAUUGAGAGCUGAAGUGUCAGAAACUUCAUAAUAAGUUGCCGAUGGCUACCAGCCAAGGCUGGAGGGUUGUUUUGCAGUUGUGUUGAGCACAUCACCCAUUAAGGGCCCUUUAAAGACCCGGAUUGAUUGGAAGGACGAAAAUUAAAAGCAAUCUGAUCCGGCCUCAUGCCAGAUCCCUGAGGAUUUGCUCCCUAUCCCAUUUCCUCCACUGUCACAAUUUGAGAGCCUGCCUGAUUUGAUCAGAUUCACCUCUGGGAGAGGUUAAUGCCAAGGUUAGGAGGACACGAAGUUACGGGCAACUUUUUGAUCUGCCCAUCAGCAGUCUGAGAAACGCUGGCUCUGAGUUUUCCGAAUCGGCCUUUGGGAAGAAACAAGUUCCUCGCUCCUUGCAACCUGGCACUGCUCGAGGCCCUGGGACAUCCAGCCACCGUUGCCUGAUACAUGUGGCACUUCCAUGCUGAGGCCCAGAGUCCCGCCUGACCCAGCCGCUGCCUCUCCAGGGCCUCUCUGGGCCACGCCCCUUCCGACUGCGCAGCCAUGCUGCACCUGCUGGCACUUUUCCUGCACUGCCUCCCGCUGGCCUCUGGGGACUACGACAUCUGCAAAUCCUGGGUGACCACAGAUGAGGGCCCCACCUGGGAGUUCUACGCCUGCCAGCCCAAGGUGAUGCGGCUGAAGGACUAUGUCAAGGUGAAGGUGGAACCCUCAGGCAUCACGUGCGGAGACCCCCCUGAGAGAUUCUGCUCCCACGAGAACCCCUACCUGUGCAGCAACGAGUGCGACGCCUCCAACCCAGACCUGGCCCACCCGCCCCGGCUCAUGUUCGACAAGGAGGAUGAGGGCCUGGCCACGUAUUGGCAGAGCGUCACGUGGAGCCGCUACCCGAGCCCGCUGGAAGCCAACAUCACCCUGUCGUGGAACAAGAGCGUGGAGCUGACGGACGACGUGGUGGUGACCUUCGAGUACGGCCGGCCCACAGUCAUGGUCCUGGAGAAGUCCCUGGACAACGGGCGCACGUGGCAGCCCUACCAGUUCUACGCCGAGGACUGCAUGGAGGCCUUCGGGAUGGCCGCGCGCCGGGCCCGCGACCUGUCGUCCUCGGGCGCCCACCGCGUGCUGUGCACCGAGGAGUACUCGCGCUGGGCGGGCUCCAAGAAGGAGAAGCACGUGCGCUUCGAGGUGCGGGACCGCCUGGCCAUCUUCGCCGGCCCCGACCUGCGCAACAUGGGCAACCUGUACACGCGGCUGGAGAGCGCCAAGGGCCUCAAGGAGUUCUUCACCCUCACGGACCUGCGCAUGCGGCUUCUGCGCCCCGCGCUGGGGGGCACCUACGUGCAGCGGGAGAACCUCUACAAGUACUUCUAUGCCAUCUCCAACAUCGAGGUCAUUGGCAGGUGCAAGUGCAACCUGCAUGCUAACCUGUGCUCUGUGCGGGAGGGCAGCCUGCAGUGUGAGUGUGAGCACAACACCACAGGCCCCGACUGCGGCAGGUGCAAGAGGAACUUCCGCACGCGGUCCUGGCGCGCCGGCUCCUACCUGCCGCUGCCCCACGGCUCUCCCAAUGCCUGUGCUGCUGCAGGCUCAGCUGUUGGCACUGUGGGCACCUCGGCCGCCGCCCCUGCCCCAGCCUCCAAACCUUUCCAGCUCAAGCCCAAAUCUGCUCAAGUGGUGCCCAUUGAAGAGUUCCAAGACUGUGAGUGCUACGGCCACUCCAACCGCUGCAGCUACAUCGACUUCCUAAACGUGGUGACCUGUGUCAGCUGCAAGCACAACACGCGAGGCCAGCACUGCCAGCACUGCCGUCUGGGCUACUACCGGAACGGCUCCGCCGAGCUGGACGACGAGAACGUGUGCAUCGAGUGUAACUGCAACCAGAUCGGCUCCGUGCACGACCGGUGCAACGAGACCGGCUUCUGCGAGUGCCGCGAGGGCGCAGCGGGCCCCAAGUGCGACGACUGCCUCCCCACGCACUAUUGGCGGCAGGGCUGCUACCCCAACGUGUGCGACGACGACCAGCUGCUCUGCCAGAACGGCGGCACCUGCCUGCAGAACCAGCGCUGCGCCUGCCCGCGCGGCUACACCGGCGUGCGCUGCGAGCAGCCCCGCUGCGACCCCGCGGCCGAGGACGGCGGCCUGGACUGCGACCGCGCGCCCGGGGCCGCCCCGCGCCCCGCCACCCUGCUCGGCUGCCUGCUGCUGCUGGGGCUGGCCGCCCGCCUGGGCUGCUGAGCCCGGCCCGGAGGACCCUGCGCCCGGGGAGCCGGGAGGGUGGUGCCCGGGGGUGCGGAGGCAGGCGUCCGAGGCCGGGGCGGCGAGAAGGGUGCGGCCCGAGCCGCUCCCAGGUGCUACUCCGCAGAGUCCUCCCGCCUCCUCCCCCGCGGCCCGUGGCCCCGCGCCCGCCCCCGCCCCCGCCUCCGCCCCGGCACUGCCCUCCGCCGCCGCAGGGGGGCGCUGUGCGGCCCCGGCCCCAGCAGCCCGCGACUUGGGUCUUAGUUUUUCUUUUGUAUCACCCGCCGCCCCCACCCUUUUCUUCGCUGGCGGCGGGAAGGGGGUGGGGGGGGGGGAGAAACGCUGCUCACCCCCCUCCACGCCUCCAGGUCCCGCCUCCCAACACGCGCACACACGCGCACACACACCCACACACACACACUCACUCACUCACACGCGCGCGCGACUGUUGCGGAGACCCCCUGCGCCCGUCCCUGGCUUGCGGUCGGCCGGAGGACCUGCAGGUCCAGUUGCCUACAACUCUUCUUUCUUUGUUUUCCUUUGCAACAACCCGCCAGACUCCGUGAGGCCUGGUGACCAAGGAACUCACCGUCUGGGGGAGGGAGUUAGGAAGGAGGGUUGGGAGGGCUGGAAACUGGUUUGUAGAGGACUAUUUUUGUUUGUAUUAAUCGUCCCGCGUCAGGAGGACAUAAACCGCUGCAGGUGGUUGAUGGUGUAUAAUCCGACGGAGUAAAGAGUCUGCUCACUGCUGCCUCCAGGGCCUGUUUUCUGUGUUCCUUUACACCCGGCAGGUUUGGAGCUUAAGGAAGCCCACAAAGUAGUCUUGGAGAAUCCCUUCCCCUGUGAAGGCCACCACCUGCGCAGGCCUUCCUGUGCCUUAGACCGGGCAGGGCCCCUCCCCGCAGGUGUGGUUAGCAGAGCCCCUUAACCCCAGCCCUGACCCACAUUAGGAGCUUCCUCUCCGUCCUUUCCCUUUAAAAAAAAAAAAAAAUCCAAAGUUUAUUGGCGCUUUU